UGGUUGCUUAGAGAAAGAGGCUGAGCCAAGAUGGCGGCCGGGGAGGUGCUGGGAGAGCCGACAGCUGGCGGAGAGCGCGGGUCCCUGCGGUCGGGCAUGUAACCACCCCCGGACGUCCAGCGGCCCUGCCCCCAUACCCCCGCCCUCGGAGCCAGGCCGGGGUGCGGAAGCAGUGGCAACUGCCGCCUCCCUUUUCUCCACCCCUUUGGCUGCCAGCGAGGAUGUUCUCGGCCCUGAAGAAGCUGGUGGGCUCCGACCAGGCCCCCGGGCGGGACAAGCCCAUCCCGGCCGGGCUGCAAUCCAUGAACCAGGCGCUGCAGAGGCGCUUCGCAAAGGGGGUCCAAUACAACAUGAAAAUUGUCAUCCGGGGGGAUAGAAACACAGGGAAGACCACUCUUUGGCAUAGACUCCAAGGAAAGAAAUUUGUUGAAGAAUACAUUCCUACUCAGGAGAUCCAAGUCACCAGCAUCCAUUGGAAUUAUAAAACCACUGAUGAUAUUGUGAAAGUUGAAGUCUGGGAUGUAGUUGACAAAGGCAAAUGCAAAAAGCGAGGGGAUGGUUUGAAACUGGAGAAUGACCCUCAGGAGGCAGAGUCAGAGAUGGCUUUAGAUGCUGAAUUCCUGGAUGUGUAUAAGAAUUGCAAUGGUGUAGUGAUGAUGUUUGAUAUCACCAAGCAAUGGACCUUUAACUACAUCCUGAAGGAGCUUCCUAAAGUGCCGACCCACGUUCCAGUGUGUGUGCUUGGGAACUACCGGGACAUGGGUGAGCAUAGGGUCAUCCUGCCGGAUGAUGUUCGGGAGUUCAUCGAUAACCUGAACAGACCUCCUGGCUCUUCGUACUUUCGCUAUGCCGAGUCUUCCAUGAAGAACAGCUUCGGCCUCAAAUACCUGCAUAAAUUCUUCAACAUCCCCUUCUUGCAGCUGCAGCGAGAGACGCUGUUGCGACAGCUGGAGACGAAUCAACUUGAUAUUGACGCAACGCUGGAGGAGCUCUCUGUGCAGCAGGAGACUGAAGACCAGAACUACGAAAUCUUCCUUGAGGUGAUGGAGGCUCGCAGCCGAGGGCAUGCUUCCCCCCUGGCAACCAAUGGGCAGAGCCCUUCCUCAGGGUCCCAGUCACCGGUGGUCCCACCAGGCAACACUUCAGGGGGUUCGAGCCCGAGCACCCCCCAGCCGCCGCUCCCACUCCCUCAGCAGAGCCCAGCCAUCCCGGCUGCUCCCCUGGACUCACUCACACCCCAGAUGCCGGUGCUUCUGCCGGAGACCCAGCUACCCCCAGCAACAGCUGCCCCCACCCCUCCUGCCGCAGCCCCACCACAGAAGCGCAGCAUCAUCUCUCGGCUUUUUGGGACAUCUCCUGCUCCGGAAACGCCCCCGCCUCCACCAGAUCCUGCAGCUGCUACUUCUGCUCCUGAGGCUCCUUUGAACGUGCAGAGCGUGGAGGACUUUGUCCCCGAAGACAGCCUGGACCGCAGCUUCCUGGAUGACCCCAUCCCACAGAAAGACAAGGGGAAACUUCAACCUAAGCUGCGCACGGAUAGUGAUAGUGACAGGGAUGCCCCUGGAGGUAACCCGAUGGUAGCUGGCUUCCAAGAUGACCUGGACGUAGACGAUCGCAUGCCCAGCAAGCCCUUGCCGGCAGCAGAGAUGGUACCAAGUAAAAACAUUGCCCUGUCAAGUGAUGAGGAGGAAGGGGAAGAAGAACACUCCAAAUUCACCAUCACAGCUGAUGAAGAUAUUAGCUCUGAACAAGAGACAAAACGGUCUUCCAGAAAGCCCUCGAACCCCCCGAAGCCAGUAACUUCUACCAAAGCAGUAGACCUGAAGGCUCCCACUGGCUUACCUGCUCAGCCCGGGCUUCAGCAAAAUGGCAGCACCAAACUUCCCGCUGCUACAGUUGCCACGGAGGCCACCUCUGCCGCAUCAGCUGCACCAUCCCGUCCUCAGAAGGCCCCCACCCUGGCUAAGCUCUCUGCUUCUAAACUGAAGGGGGACAAACGAGAGGAGUCAGACAGCGAUCCAGAAGGACCGAUAGCUACACAGAUGCUCUCAUUCGUCAUGGAUGAUCCAGACUUUGAAAGUGAGGAGUCGGACUGCCAGAAGAAUAAAGUGGACGAGUUCCCUGUGCGAGAAGACCUCUCCGACAUCUCUGACGAAGAUACCACGUCAAAACUUCCACAGCCAUCAAAACCAGUGAUCCACUCCUUCAAGCCAAAGAACGAUUCAGAUCUCUUUGGCCUGGGCCUGGAUGAACCAGGUCCCAAGGAAAGCAGCGAGGAAGAUAAGGAGAAAGAAUCCUCCAAAGAGAAAAAGAAGAAGAAGAAGAAGAGCAGCAAAGAGGAAGAAGAAAAGUCAGCAGCAAAGAAGAAAAGCAAGCACAAGAAGGUCAAGGAGAAGGAGAAGGAGGAGGGCAAGGAGGAGAGGAAGAAGAAGAAGAAGCGGAGUAGGGAGAAGGACAGUGGGAUUGAUGAACUGGAGGCCUUUCUGGGGGGCGGGGCAGGUGCCAGCAAGCUGCGCGGGGGCGGAGACUAUGAGGAACUGUAGCCCCAUCCUCCUGCGCCCACAUUCCGCAGAUGCUCCUCGUGGUAGGUUGCUGGAGGGGCGGAUGGGUGAGACUGUGGCCCUUUCUGCCGCGAAGACUGCUGGAAACACAGAAGGCUGGCAGGACAAAGAGGGGCUUUCUGCCUGGGCAGUGGGAUGGCAGCGAAGCUCAGCCCUGGAGGUACUUGGGGAGGGGACGGGCCAAGCAACGGCUCGUUGGCUAUCCAAGGCUCCUGAGUCCCUGCUUUGCAGCCUCCUUCCUGAGAGACCCCAGGGUCAGGCUUGGCCAAGGGAGGAGCAGGGGGUGCGUCCUCCCCAUCCCGGCCUCUCUUGUGCGCACCACCUGUCUCACCGGAGGAACGGAGUGGAUGGUGGCAGAGUGCUGCUCUCGCCCUCUGAAAGGAACCACAUCUAAUUAUGGAUUUGUGCUAUUUUUUUACCAGAGAAGCGGUUAUUGACUGGCUCAACUGAGAGCUUGCAGGAAUAAUGCGGUUGAGUUUCUGAAAGCUGAAGGGUUUUGGCAAGGGGGUGAGGCAAGGGGGGGAAAGGGAGGCCAUUAAUAUUGCACUGCAGCCCCAUUACCCUUUCCUGCUGUUGAUGCAGGGGUCCUGAGGGCCCUGCUGGUUUCUACAGCCCCCGGUGUCCCUGACACUGCUUGUAAGCUGCUGUGCAGUUUGGGAAGGAAAGGCUGAGUUGCCUGUUAAAAACGUAGGAGGAAGUCCCACCCCAGAACCAUUGCCCCACGCCUUCCUUCAGUGUUGUGUUUUGCGUAUCUUGGAAACCAGCCCAGGAAAAGUACCUCUCAGGGACUGUCUUCAGCACAGAAGCGGAGUUAACAGAAAUCCAGAGGGUUGCAGGAAAGAUUUUUCUUUUCAUAAUGGGAGCUGUUUGAGAAUAGCCCCCUCGGCUGUCAGCUGCCUCUAAGCAAAGAGCUGGGGAGACGGGCGAGAGGAGGGGGAUGGCUCUGCUUUCUCUUCCCUCUGUGCCAGCGGCACUGAGCACCUGAUCAGGCGGCAUGUCGUCCCCUUUUGCCAGAGUGGAGCACGCCUCAUCAUGUGAUUUUGGAAACGUUUUUGAAAUCUGACCCCCUGAACCGGUGCAUGUUUUUGGCCGGCUCCUGAUACCAGUUUGCCUGCCUGUCUUGCCUUUCUGUGUUCCAGUGCGUGGCUCCUGUGACCCUCUGCACACCUCCUUUGUGUUGCUGUGCCCCCCCCCCCGACUGCCCUCUCCAAUCCAUCCCAAGGAAGACGGGCUGUCAGUUUGUAAGCCUCCCAUUGCCUUGUUGUGUGUGGAUUGGAUUUGGGCUGUUUUUGACAUUCCGCCCCCUUCCUUCUCAGCUACCUGCAGAGGAAUCAGGGUGAUCUCCAAGCUGAGCUGAUUCCCCAGCGGCUGCUUUGGAUCCAGUCUCCUCUUCAGAGAUCUAUUUCCCUUUGAGAAACGCACUUGUGAUAGUUUGCAUAUCAGUCCAGCUGCCACGAGUCUUACUGCAUGAACUGAUCAUCUCAGGAACCUUCUCUCACUGACCGAUCCUCGGUCUCUCGGUACAAGAGGCACGUUGUGGCGGGGAGGGGGAGGACUGUGCAUGGGAAAAUCUUGAACCAUCAUCAUCUCCUGGGAGGAGGAGCCUGCCAGGGUCCCCUGAAACAGUUUCCACGAGCCCCUUCUCUAGACACACACCUGAGCCUGACUGAGUUCCAUAAGAGUGUCUUGGUCUUUUUUUGUUUGUUUGUUUGGAAAAAAAACUCCAAUGGUGCACUCCAUU